CGGCGGCGCUCCCGCGGCGCGGCGGGACCCACUUGCGUCACACGCAGGCCGCUGCUGCCUGGUGACGUCAGCGCGCCGCCGGGUGACGUAUGAACGGCGGCGGGGCGGGGGGAGGAGGCCUCGGCGGCGGCGGGGCCGGAAAUGGUCCAGUUGUUGCUGUGCAGCUGGAUGUUGCUGAAUAACAUUUCUAUGAGCUUGCUGUUCAAUCUGUCUGCUGUUCAGAAUGGCGAAGAACCCUAAUUUCCCGGAAGCGGGGAAUCUGCCUACAGGCUACGCGCACUGUAGGUCUUCAGACAGCUUCACUGGCUACCAGUAUCACCAUCCCUCCAAGAUGAGUAACAGCCACCCACUUCGUCCAUACACAGCUGUGGGGGAGAUUGACCACGUCCACAUUCUGUCAGAGCAUAUUGGUGCUCUAAUGAACGGGGAAGAAUACAGUGACGUUACCUUUAUUGUGGAAAAGAAGCGUUUUCCGGCACACAGAGUGAUCCUGGCUGCUAGAUGCCAUUAUUUCAGAGCAUUAUUGUAUGGAGGAAUGAGAGAAUCUCAGCCUGAAGCAGAAAUUCCUCUUCAGGACACCACUGCAGAAGCAUUUACCAUGCUGUUGAAAUACAUAUACACUGGUCGUGCUACACUACGAGAUGAGAAAGAAGAGAUUCUUCUUGACUUCUUAAGCCUAGCACAUAAAUACGGAUUCCCAGAACUGGAGGAUUCCACGUCUGAGUAUCUUUGCACAAUACUUAAUAUUCAGAAUGUCUGUAUGACUUUUGAUGUUGCCAGUCUUUAUUCUCUUCCCAAAUUAACUUUUAUGUGCUGUAUGUUCAUGGAUAGAAAUGCCCAAGAGGUGCUCUCCAGCGAAGGCUUCCUGUCACUUUCUAAGGCUGCCCUUCUAAGUAUUGUACUGAGAGACUCAUUUGCAGCUCCUGAAAAGGACAUUUUCCAAGCUUUGAUGAACUGGUGUAAACAUAACCCCAAGGAAAACCAUGCUGAAAUCAUGCAAGCAGUACGUUUGCCACUAAUGAGUCUAACAGAACUACUGAAUGUUGUAAGACCUUCUGGAUUGUUGUCACCUGAUGCCAUCCUAGAUGCCAUUAAGAUUCGUUCUGAGAGUCGGGACAUGGACCUCAACUACAGGGGCAUGCUAAUACCAGGGGAGAAUAUUGCAACAAUGAAGUAUGGAGCACAAGUUGUAAAAGGGGAGCUGAAGUCUGCUCUAUUGGAUGGAGACACUCAGAACUAUGACCUGGAUCAUGGAUUCUCUCGACACCCGAUCAACGAUGACUGCCGCUCGGGAAUUGAGAUUAAACUAGGCCAGCCCUCAAUAAUCAACCACAUACGAAUUCUCCUCUGGGACAGAGACAGUCGGUCUUACUCCUACUACAUUGAGGUGUCCAUGGAUGAGUUGGACUGGAUUCGUGUUAUCGAUCACUCCAAAUAUCUCUGUCGGUCCUGGCAGAACCUGUAUUUUCCUGCCCGUGUCUGCAGGUAUAUUCGAAUUGUUGGGACCCACAAUACAGUGAACAAAGUUUUCCAUAUUGUGGCAUUUGAAUGCAUGUUCACGAACAAAUCCUUUACUCUUGAGAAAGGUCUGAUAGUUCCCACUGAAAAUGUUGCAACAAUUGCAGACUGUGCCAGUGUGAUCGAGGGUGUAAGUCGCAGUCGCAAUGCCUUAUUGAAUGGAGACACAAAAAACUAUGAUUGGGAUUCUGGAUACACAUGCCACCAGCUUGGGAGCGGAGCUAUUGUGGUGCAGCUGGCACAGCCCUACAUGAUUGGAUCAAUACGGUUGCUACUUUGGGACUGUGAUGAUCGGAGCUACAGCUACUACAUUGAGGUUUCAACAAAUCAGCAGCAGUGGACCAUGGUGGUGGAUCGCACAAAAAUUUCCUGCAAAUCCUGGCAAACAAUCACUUUUGAUAAACAGCCUGCAUCUUUUAUCAGAAUAGUUGGAACUCGCAACACAGCUAAUGAGGUGUUUCACUGUGUGCAUUUUGAGUGCCCAGCACAAAACAGUACCCACAAGGACGAGAGUAGUAAGGAAGUAGCAACAACAGAGGUGGGGACUAGUGGACAGUAGCUUGUUUCUUGCCCUGUUGGAGCUGCAGCACCUGCUUCCCUGCAUUCCCCUCCUGGAUCCACCUCGCAUCCUCAAGUUCACCAACCAUAAAGGAGGUUGAAAGGGAGCUUUUGCAGCCCCACUGACAUUCUAUGAAAUUAUUCAGAACCUUCUUGUGUUGGCACCUUUCUUUCUCUAUGAAUGAAGGGGACCAUGUCUGAAAGCUGGAAGUAUUGAAAUGGAAAAGGCUUUCUCCCAAGGACACAAAGAGACUGUUGCACUCUCCUCGAUAUGUUCAAAUCAGGCUGGUCUCCAAGGGGGGAGAAAAUAGGUCUUCAAUCUUUAUCAAGUACCCCAUUAACACCCUACCUCUCUAAUCUAACCAAGGCAAGGACAACAGAAGGGAAUAAAAGGCAGAGCUACAGUGGAAAUCUAAAAUUACUCAAGCAGAAUGGAAAGCAUAUGAAAUAAGUAUUUGUUCCCUGGAGGCUUUUAUUAGCAAAAAAAUUGUUUGUGGAACACAUCAGUCCAGAAUAUAUUUUAUUUUUAAGGUGAUUCUUUAUCCGUAUUCCUUUGUAACUAGUAAUCUGUUUUCUAAAUCAUUUUGAUUCUGUAUUCCAUUUAGUUUCCUUUUUUUGACUAUAGCAAAUGCUGUACAGUAAAUUAAGGAAGUAUCAGACAUGUUUACCUGCUGAGAUGCAAAUUCUCUCAUUCAUCAGUGGGAUGACAAGAAAAGCAUUCAUGAUAUCAACAAACUAAUUAAUGUAUCUAUAUUAAUCUUGACCUUAGUUGACUUUUCAAAGUUCAAAAUUGUAAUUUCCUACAUUCAGAAGGAAGUUUCUAAAUCAAACAUCCAUCUUGAAGAAAAUUGUAUUUUUUCACUCCUGAAGAUGAUUAUUUAAAUUUUGCCUGCCUAAGACAACUUGCAACAGAACAUCAAAAAUGUUUGGUUUAGAAAAGUGGAACUCCAUCUGGUCACAACAAGCAGUUGUUCAAAUACCAAGAGAUGAAUUUGCAGGUAAUUUACAUUUUUCCAAGAAGUUGUUUUACAGCCUGGAGCUAAAAAUUCAAAGACUGUGUAUGCAUUAACAUUUCUCAUGAUCUUCAUAAAAUGUGAUGAUUUUGUACUGUAUUGUAAAAGAUCUGAUUCUUUACAGUCACAGAAUUCGUUAUCUAUCCAUAUCUGUCUGGAUUACAUUGCCUGCUACUUUGCUUAUUCUGUUUUCACACUUAUGAUGAUGUAGUCUCUUACUCUCCAGAUCUGCCUGACUUUUAGGAAGGAGCUCCAUGUCGGUUUUUCAGUAUGGGAUAAAGAGAUUUUGUAUUAAGACAAACGCUGGUGUAAUUGGCAAAAUUGAUUAGGACACUUGCUCCUCCUCACAAAGUAUUUUAUAUUGGAAAUGUCAGCUAACCAGUUUUAUGAACUUGGAAUUUCCUGUGGUGAUAAAUAACCUUGUCAGAAGAAAACAAAGCUAGUGCAGGAUAAAUACAGUUUUCUAUUACAUAACCAUAGUGAUAAAAUGAGUUAUAUCAACAUAGCAAAUUGUAUCUUAAUUUAUCACACUGCUUAAUUUGAAAUAAUUUCCCUGUUGGAUACUAGCUGUGCUAAACCCAAGAAGAAAUACAAUCAUUGGUAGCAAUGAAUCAGAGGAUAUUUCAAAUAAGAAAAGCAUCCUUUUUCUUUCAAAUAAAAUUGAUUAGGCUUUAUCAAUAAUAUUAUAGUAUUUUUCAUUGCCAAAUUACAAUUUACUUCUGACAUUUGCAUACAGUUCCCUCUUUUCCCACUGCUGUGUUCUGACUUGUGAAUGUCUGUUGGUGAAGAUGGGUGCCCACUGUGCUGUAUAAAGCUUCUAAUUCAUGUGCCACAGCUGCCUUUGACAGUGUGGAGUUCUGAGGCAGGAUGCUGCAUGUGCCAGCCGUUUCCCAGUCUGCAGGGCUGAUUACCUUAUUGCUUAACAGCCUUUGGAGCAUGGAAGAAUUGAGACCAGCUACUGAGGACACCACUCUCAUGUUUAUGCAUAAGUCCAAAAAGUUGGAAUUUUUUUCCCUUCAAAACCGGAAAACUUUUUCAGUUGCAAUCCAUGCUGGAAUUACUGAGAUGCCUGGAGCAUAUCUUGCUUUUGAUAGAUAAGUCUUUGCAUGGCAGUGGUGGUAUUUCUUUGCAGUUCCAUCAAACCAGUCUGCUUUUCUCAAACUGUGGAUAAGCAAAGAGCAUAACUUCCUAGCUGCUAGUAUUUAGUAGUCACCACUGUAGAGAAUGUUAAAACAACUAAAAUCAAAAAAGGUUGUGCCAUCUGUUCUGAGCCUAGGCUCUCAGAGAAAGAAUGGAAUUUUUCCAUUUGUAAUCUUUGAUGUGCACAGUUAAUUUUUAUGAUACAAAUAAGUCUUGUAGGCUGUAACCUAUGGAACAUCUGUUUGAUCUUGUCCUGUAACUCAUUGUGGAAAAGAAAUCUCUUUAUUUCCCCAUGACAUUCACUCUCUGCCAAGAAUCUGGAUGAACAUACCUGAAAUCCCCAAAGCAAAAACUCUUGAGGUCCUACAGACCCUUCAGUUUCCCACCCCCAUAAGUCAGUAAAAAGAAAAACCAACUUUGCAUUAUCCUUUCAUGCAGGUGAAUUUUUAGUAUUGGACUUCUUCUCAGUCACAACUGGCCUUUCUCAGAGUCUUUAUUUUGAUUGCUCUGAGAACCUGGCAUCAGGAUGAGCCCAGUGAGCUCCCAGGCUUUUAAGUCAAGCCCUGCCACAAGCCCUUCGCACUUUCAAAUUUACCCUCUUUAAAUAAAGAUACAAUGUUUACAGAGAGCUGAACUCCACUGGGUCUUCUAAUACUGCUCACCACCAAACACCCCUAAUACCUGUAUUGCCUAAAAGAGGUCUUUUGUCUUAAACAUUGUGUUAGCAAGGUAUUAGUAGUGACAGAGGAGGAUACAACACAGAACUGAUUUGUGGUUUUCUGUGAAUGUUCUCAUUGUUCUCAUUCUUUCUAAUUAUUGUCUGUGUUUGUUGACUCCCAAGUUCAGAUGUACUUCCUGUAUAUUCCUCUGAAGUUUUUUUUUUUUUCUUUUAUUUUUUAUCUUUGCUUUUCUUUUCAGGGAAGGUAACUUGUGCUGUUAUGGUGUAGUAUCAGGGUUUAUCAAAGUGAUGAAAUGAUGUAAUUAUUCAGAACUGUGUAAUCAGUCUUACUCUAUUUAGAACAAGGUUAGAGCAGAACGGACCAGGCACUCAUUGCUUUCUUAUCAGAAACUAUAAAAUGGAUGUGUUGUUCGAGUUCUGCAUAAUGGAAAUAACUAUACUGACAAUAUUGAGCCAUUGAUUCUAUUUGGUACUUCAGCAUCUUUAAAUUCCCCAAGCCUCCUUUUCUCAAUUUUACUUCCAUAAGUUGAAUUCAGGCUUAGACUUAACUCACGUGGAGCUCAGCAAAGGCCUUUCUAAAAUCUUUUUAUUUAGUUAACUUUUUCCAAAUGAAAAUAAAAGGGUUUUUAUUCACAGAAUGUAGGGGGAAAUUAUUAUCUAAGGAAAUUAAUUUUUGAAGUGAGCAAACAUUGUGCAGCUUACAAUUUUUCAAGAUACUUUUCAAGUCAUUUCCAAUCAGCUUUAAAACAAGUUCAAAUGGCUGCUAAAUGGAAUUACAAUCAGAGAAGUUAAUGCAAGUCUAAUGUAAAAGACAAUACAGAAAAGAAAUUGCUAAUUUUGUUAGAGUAAGAACUCUUCUUCAUUGCAGUUUUCUUCCUUCAGAGCUCCACUUCUUUCUUCUUUUCUCCAUGAAAAUAGCUUAUUCAUUAUGACAGCUCAUGUAAGAGCUCAGUGCUUCUCAGCAUUGCUGAAAAAUUCAGUUUAAUGUAUCUUCAUCUUUACUGAUGACAACAUGAGAGAAUUUUCAGUUGAGUAACUGACUUGAUGAGAGUUGGUUUCCAUAAAAGAAAGCAAAAGAAGUCUGUAAUUGUUUCAGUCUAAUUAAAUUUUCAGUACAAAAAUUAGAUUACAUAGUUAUUGCCUUUCUUGUCUGAUUGUUGUGUUAUCGUAGUUCUAGUUAUAAAGUGACGCCCACUCAGAGAUGCUUAAUAAGGGCCUAGAACUUUGAUUUCACAAGCUAUAGAUUGCAUUUCUCUAUGAAGAUAUUAAUUGGCUUAUAUUUUGACAGGUGUUAGUCUACUGUCAAAUAAACAAGUGAAUGCAUUGGUAAUUUUGUUGUUGUGACUAGAGUAGUAAGCAAGUGAUAGAGCCAGUAAGAGUUAAUGUAUCCGAGAGUAAACGUUUAGGCUUGUGCGUCAUCAUAUCAGUUGCCAGAGGACUAAACCAUGCUUCAAAAAUAAUUGUAUAUCCUAGAGGAUGCUUGAGGCCGGGUUUCCAUUCCCAUCUCUCAGUUAAUGUUUCUGUUUAGGUUAGAAUCGUUAGUUCUCUCUGAACUGAUUGUUGUUGUUGUCAGUUGUACUAGUUAACUCAUAUAUAUAUAUAUAUAUAUAUAUAUAUAUAUAUGGAAGCUCCACAAAGCUUUUUCCAGGAUACAGAAGUAAAGGUCCUGGGUCAAGUUUUUGGACUAUUAAAUACACAUACAUACAUAUAUAUACACACACACAUGUAUAUAUAUAUGUGUGUGUGUGUGCAUUAAAUUGAGGUUGUUGCUAAUUAUUUAGGUUGCAUUUAGAAUAUGUUCUAAAGUUCCAAAAUGAAAAAAAAAAAAACCUCUCUGCAGGCAGGUGUGAAACGCUGCUGUUGUGGUAUGGCAGGAUGCUGGUUGCUUUAAAAGUGCAAAUGUCUAAAAAAGGUAUAGGUGAAGCAGUCCAAAGUUUUUGUCCAGUUGUUAAAUAUUGGCGAUUUGGCUGUAGUGAGGUAUAUAUAAUAAAAAACAAGUUAAAUGCUCAUCUCAAAGAUGAAUGCAGUCCAAAGAAUACAGAUAUUCCUCCUAGCUACCUUGUCUGCCAUGGUUUGCAGUAUUUACAGAGUGAAUCUUCGUAGGACUUCUGUCACCUGCUGAAAAAAAGCCCUGCAGUCUUUUUGCCCUUGCCAAGCUUUUGUUGCAAAGCUUUGGCUGACAUAAUGACAAAAUCCUACUCACAUUCCAUGGUGGAAUCUGGGUCUCUGAAUGCUUACAUGAAAAGUUUUAAAAUCACUCUGCAACUUUCUUUAGAUAAAGAAAGCCCAAAUUAAAAACUGCAGCAUAGAAUGAGGAAACUACAGGUUUCUAUCAUAUGCCCACAUUCUGACUGCCUGUGCAACCACAUACCUGUCUUAUCAUACAUACGUGUUUAAUUACCACAGCAUGUCCAGAUGGUGGAAGUGAAGAAUGAGCUCCGUACACCCAUGACAUUGUCCAUUUUUACAUAGCCAGUCAUUAGAGAAGUACUUCUCCUACUGUUCCUUGCAGCCUAAUACAAUAAUACAACUCAGUGUUCUGAAGAAAUUGUAAUUGAUUCUUUGCAUGAAUGUAAUGGAAUUGAAGUUCAGAUUACUAAAUAUUUGAAUGAGUGGUGGCAUCACUCUGCACAGGUGUAAACAUGCCUCUCUAGUGCCUCUUACUACUUUAGGCCCUGGGCUAUCACAGAGGAGGAAAGCUGCACUGUUGGUAAAAUGAACUUUUAUUCAUCCUUUUUGUACUUAUCAUCUUGGCACAUCUGUUCUCUUUGUGCAGCUGCUCAGUUAAAACAAGUUUCUCAUCAUUUUCAGAAUUAAUCCUCUGACUCCUGAAAAUCGGCAGAUACACAUGAACAUCUUUAGUCAAUUAUAUUAAGCAGUCUGAAGAAUUUAGAAAAUUAAUCUAAUAUGGUCUUUUAUACCAAAUUCUGCGUGUUCAAAAAGUACCAGCCAAGUCCUGAAAUACCAAGUGAGUUGGACAGUAUUACUGCUCAGAUGAGGGUGUCUAAACUAUGUGCCCUGUAGUCCAAGUGAACAGUGGUUAUCACAGUGUCUUUCUGUAGAGGAAUCAGGGAAUCACAGAAUUAUUGGGUUGGAAGGGACCACAAAAAUCAUUGCGUUCCCACCUCCCUUCCAUGACAGGGACACGUUUCAGACCAAGUUGCUCAGAGACGCAUCCAAGCUGUUCUUGAACACUUCCAGGGAUGGUCAUUCAUAACUUCUCUGGGCAGCCUGUUUCACUGCCUCACCACCCUCACAGUAAAGAAUUUCUUCCUAAUACCUAAUCUAAACCUGCUCUCUGUCAGUUUGAAGCCAUUCCCCCUUGUCUUGCCUCUACGUGUCCGUGUAAAACAUCCGUCUCCAUCUCUCUUGUAGGCUCCCUUUAAGGACUGCACAGACACAGUCAGGUCAUCCCAAAGACUUCUCUUUUCCUUCAUUCAUGUAAUUUGUGGUCUGCUAUUGGUUGUCUUUAUACUCCUGAGCUGUAGUUGCUAGGUGGCAAGAUUUGUGGUUGAUAUCUGGAAUCCAGUAAGUGUGUUUAACCAAGAAUUUUUGUCUUUACUCAAAACUUUCAGCUUGUGCUUUUGAAACAUAUUCAGGCUACAGAAUUGGCUUUUAGGCAUCUUCUAUAGCUGUCUGUUGGAUUUUUGAAUUAUCUUCAGUUGCUAAAAGAUGGUAAGAUUCUUCUCAGGAAUUUCUCAUAGAGAUUUGUCUUGCUGAAAAAUGGCUUUUGAAAGUGGCAGGUUCAUUGCUGGAGAGCAGGGGUGGGUUUCUUCUGCUUCUACAGGCCAGGAUCCUCUUUGGGUUGUUCUCUGAGUUUGUUUUUGCCAUUAUUAAUAACAAGGGUGUUGGUGUUGCAUGAUCUGGAUCUGUUUCAGAAAUUGUGUUACUCAUUUUGAGAGAUAAAUACUUAAAUGAAUGGUUUUAUGCAGUAAUAAAAAGCUCAUGAGGGUUGGAUGAUUAGAUUAGAAAUACCUCUUAAAGCAAGAGCUGGAGUUGCAAAAAGAGCAGUUUGGCAGAAAGAAAGACUGGUAUGGAAUUACCUGGCUGCAUCUGUGCAUAUAUAGCAACGGAAGUGUAUGUGUUAAGCAAGCUGAGUGAUCAUUUGCAAAGAUGUGUUUCUAUAUGACCUUUUUUUUGCUAAAAAAAUCGAAUUUUAUUAAGGAAUCUAUCACUUAUCUGAAUAUGAGCACUAAAAGAGAACACAGGAAGUGAGGCUUUAGUAGUUUUUAUGGCAAGAGCAACACAAAGACACAAUUCUUGUGGUCUGAGCUAGUUCUGUUUGUCCCCAAUCUUUCCAGCUCUUACUUUCUCUACAUGCUUUCCCCAACCUGCUUGUUACUCCUUUUCUUUUCCUCCCUACAUAGCAUCAUAUCACUGUUGCUGGGGUGUUCCCUGUAAUUUUCCUCUGUAUUGUAAUGUAUUAAGGAAUUUUUCAAAAUUAUUUCGUCUUACCUCUUUAUCCUAUGCUGAAUAAAAUAUCAUAAUCCCCUUUCAUUCACAUCAGACUCAAAAGGCAACUACCACUAGGCUGUCAGGUGCUAGUCAGCAACAUUUAGAUUUGGCUCUCCAUGGAUGUGUGAAAUAGUAGUCCUUUUGGGCCUUGUGCUUCCAUGAUCUGUUUACAGUCUGUUACCCUUAAGAGGAAAACAAGUAAGAAGUUUACUGUUGACUUAGGAAGUAGGUCAGGUUUACGCUGGCUUACAUAACUUUAAAUACAAAUUUUAGGUAUUUCUUUCUCACCAUGGUACACCAGAUAUAUGCUCAAUUUGCUAGUUGUGCAUUGUCCAAAGCAUUAAUUGUACUUAAGUGAUCUUUUCUAAGUAUACUGCAUCAUCACAAGUGAACCUUGAAAUAAUUCAUAACUUUUCAGUGUCCCUAUGUGAAGGUAUUGUAGCUGUCCAGGGAUCUGAACAUCAUACUGAGCACAUGGGCUCAUUUUGUGAAGUUCAGCAUUAUUUCACAAUUUGGACCGCAUGUCUGUUAAUCUUGUCCAGUCUCUCAUAAAAUGUUCUUUCCUUUUUGCUUUGCUCAAUGUCACUAUUGUCUUUGGAUUUUUUUUUUUAAGUGAAUGUUAAUGUUCAGAGCCAGGCUAAAUAGAAGUUUAGCUUUUAGUGAACUUUUUCACUCAUUCUCUGUUAGUGGCUCCUCUUUCUUGACAGACAGUAAUUUAAAUCCAUUUUACACUAUAUUACCUUCCCCUUCUCUGCAGCAAUUAUAAUGGUACCUUGAAAUUCUUGUACAUUAAAUCCCUUUUCUUCUUUCUCAUAGAUGGUUCUAAACUACCUCAGACUUUGUUGUGAACAGGUACGAGUUUCAGCUACAGUUUUUAGCCUCUAUCAUAGUCUUGGAAUGUUCUUUAAGUGCAUGUGUAUGUAGCAAAAGCAGCCUGCCAGACCCUGAUUGUGUUUUCAGGAACAUGGUCCCAAGUGAGACAUGUAAUUGGGAUGAAUUCACAGCCACACCUGUUCAGGCUCUCGCUGAUACCUCUUUCAAGAAAAGCUUUUCAGGAGUGCAGCUUCUGGUAUGGGAAGCGCUUCAACUUUCUCUUUGAAGGGACAUGAUGCUGCCUGCCCUGGACGACUUCCACCUCUCCAUCAUCGUGACAAGCAUCAUAAAACUGCAUCAUCAGGCCUCCAUCCCUGGCUGCAGGAUCCAUGCUAUUGCAUUGGACUGUGCUCAUCAUAUGAGAAUAAACCCCACAUGGCGUGUUCUGAUGACCUUGGUGUCAUUUUAUUGUCAUUUUAUACUGUGGCAGAUACGCAUUACUGACCCUUUGGGCUAAUUAGGUUUCAGGUAAAAUGGUGGUUGCAGAUUGUGCAGCAGUGAUCCAGUUGAUAACUUUGGGAAUUGUCUGGUUUUGUAAGUUAUCCAUUGAACAACCUGGCAAACCUCGUUAGUACUGAUUUAGUUUUCACCAGCAGACAUGCAUAUCAUCAAACAAGCAUUUUAUAACAUGGAAUUUUCUAUGAGCAUCCGGAAAAAGAAGCAUCCCAAUUAUUUUCUUAGUAGCAGUGUGUGUAUUUGUAACAAAAGGUUUAGAAUUAUUAAACUGCUGUAAGCUAUUUUGUGCAUGCUCUGGCAUAGUAUUAACAGUUUGUAUUAACAGCUGAUAAGCAGAGGGCUGUGGCACACAAGGAAGGCUGGCUGUGGAUUGUUUCAAAGAGCAGCAGAGUGCCAGAGUGGAUCCAGGACCAGACAAUGCUCAAAGCAAAUAAUAAAGUGAAACUUGUGCUUUGUAUUUAUUUCUUUGGGGAUUCUUCUUCAAAGUAUUUAACUUCACAGGAAAAUAUAGAGUAUAUUUAAAAUAGUAACAAUUAGAAAUACACCUUUUCAAGAAUGAGAGAGGUGUGAUUUGAAAAAUAAAGUGAUCUUUUGUGCUUCA